UCACGACUCAUGCUGGACGUCGCGGGUCCCUACCUUGCGCCUGAAAUAAAACAACCCGAAUCAAAGGCUCCACGCACGCGUGCGCCGAUCCGCGAAGCUGUCUGACGAGCACGAGUCUGCGAGGAGAGUAGCAGCACAAGCAUGCGCAAGUGGGUCCUCGGCGGCUGCCUGUGCGUCGCGUCGACAUCGAACAAUCCCUGCGACGAGGCCGUCGCGGCGGCGAAGGUAAUAGACGUCCACGCGGCGCAGAAGCACCUCGCCGUCGCGCGCGAGCACGACCUGCCCUGCGUCGCGGACGUCGGCGCGUGGGCGCUGCGCGUGGCCCAGGCCGGCCAGCGCGCGGUCGAGCAGGGCGACGCGCGUCGGGCGCCGCCCCUCCUCGGCGCCGCCUGGGCGCUCGCGCCGAUCGACGAGUCGCUCACGGCCAAGUACAUUACCGCUCUCGGCUUCGCGGACGCGCCGGAGCGGACCGCCAAGGACGCCUUGCCGGACCGCGCCGCCCGCGUGCUGGACGACGCCAUGGCGCGCGGGGUGUGGAGGGACCCGCUCCAGCGGCCGGGCGAAUUCGACGCGGCGCUGCCGUCGCUGGGCGGCUGGCCGGAGGCGUCGCCGCCCGUGCGCGCGUGCAUCGCCGACCUGGAGCGCGCGUACGCCGAAAACGGCGCCGCGUUCCGCGCCGAGGCGCUCGCGCUCCUGGAGGCGCGGGGCUACGAGGCGCACGAGGGCCUCCAGGACCCGGCGAAACCGAAAUGGUCCUACGCCGACGUCGACGACUCUACGUUAGAGGUGAGCCGGCCGACGAUCGACAGGGCGGUGGCGGCCUGUGUGGAAAGCAACCAGUGCGUCGGGUGCACCCGACAAUUCUUCACUAAGUCAUUUCUCGGCGAUGAUGCGGCCGUCCUGGCUUGGUCGAGCGGUGAGAAACGAGCACCACCAUGCUAUCGAGCAGGCAUCGCGUCGAUGGCGUGGAGGUCGACGCGACCACUCAGCACGAACGCGCCGUAAAAUUUUGAUUUCCGCAGGUGGCGGCCGUGAGGCGGACGUGCGGCCUCCAAGCCGCGGGGAUCUCGCGGCUCGAGCCUGGCUCCGCCAUCCGGCCGCACACGGGCCCGACGAACCGCCGCUGGACGCUGCACCUCGGCCUGGUCGUCGACGCGGCCGACGUCGAAAGGCUCACGCUGACGGUCGCGGGCACGGCGCGGGCGGGCGCCUGGGUCCAGGGGAAGGUCGUGCUCUUCGACGACUCCUACGAGCACGACGUCGUCCACGCGGGCGCGCGCGACCGCGUCGUCCUGGACCUGUCCGUCGACCACCCGUCCUUUUUCCUCCGGGGCGGCCGCGGCGAGCUCUAG